AUAUGUACAUACAGAUAAGAUAUUUCAUAGCGUUUAAAACUCCACAAGUGACCAACUAUUGCCAAGUAUAAUUUAUAAUGUUUUUGAAGGACGAUUUAUUAUUUGUAGGGUAAAUAUCUUGUUCACGAAGAUAAAAAUCAAGGUUUGGAGUAAUAUUUACAAAUAAUAGUUUAAAAUUUAUUUGAACAAGACAUAACAUUUAGUAUUUCUGUCACAGUUGUGGUAUAUUUUGCACUUUCAGACAGCAUUUGGAUAUUGUUUUGACCAUUCUGUGUAUUUGAUAUUAAGUGAAUGGAAUUUUUACAGUUUGGAAUAUGUUCUGUUACUGAUAUACCCUCAAACGUGUGUUAAAUUAUACAUAUAUAUAACUGGACCUGAUUUAAUGCCAAAAAUUCUGUAUGAGUAACCUUGUGGAUUUCAUAAUCAAUGCGAACAACUGGAAAUAAUUUUUGUGAGAAAAACUGACAUAAGCAAAAUUAAUAACCUUCACAUAGUAAAAAAAAAAACCGAGGUAUUAUUUCAUUAGUUCAUUAUGAUAAAUAUUUCCGAAAUUAAAUAUAUAAGUUAAGGAAAUCAUACAUGUUAUUUGUGAAUUAUUAAAUCUCUUCAAAAUGACUAAAAGAAUGGAUGUUUCAUACUGAAACAAGAAUAAAACAAAACAGCAUCUAAUUUGAAUAUUUAAUGCUGUUAAAAGACAAACUGUUUAAAAAUUCAUUCUAACAAGGAAAUAUAGAACAUCUAAGACAUAUCUUAGUUGAUACGUUAAGUUCUGAGAAUUAUUUCAACUUUGAAAACCUGAAUAAUGGAUGCUGCUCAGCGCACAGUUCUACAAAACAACCACAUGGAGUUAGCACGGGAUAUUGUGACAACGGAAGAUUUUUUAGGGAUUUGUUACCAACAGAAACUUUUUGACACAAAUCUGAUAGAAAUCAUCAGGUCACAACCAGGAAUUAAAGCUCAGACAUAUAAAAUGUUAGAACUUUUACCAACAAGAGGCCCAGAGGCAUUUAAUAAAUUUCUGAAAAUGAUUGACCAAGAGUAUCACUGGUUGGCAUCAAAACUUAAAUCUGACUUAGAACAGGAAGUGGCUAAAAUACCACAAAAGGAAAUCACAAUGGUGGCAACAUCUAUGAAUCUUCAAACAAAUCAGACAAACGGAAUUAAUAGCAAACUACCAAAAGACGUAGAAAUGGUUCCUGUGGCAACAACUCAAAUCAACCAAUCAGUGUCCAGAUCUGUGUCACAAACAGAACCAGCUUCGCCAAAAGAUUUAACAGAUUCAGCCAUAGCUCUCAAUGGAUUUAAUGCAGUUAAGAAGAAAAUUGGGAAUUUUAUGACACAGAAUUUUAGUUUAAGUCGAAAACUGUGCCAAUCAGACAAACAACAAAUUGAAACUUUCAUAACGGAACAAAUUCGAGAAGUUCAAAAACAGUCACAUCAAAAAGUAUGUGAAGUCCGUGACCACAGACGUCUAAAUGAUGAAGUUCAGCGAUGGUUACAAGAUACGUGUAGAAAACUUGAAAGACGUGUAGGGCAUAUCAAUCCUCGUGAUACAAUGGAUGGAGGAUUUAUCAACGGUAAAUCAACAAUAAAAGAUCUGGAGGAGUGUAUUCAUCACUUGGCCGAACAACAUCACAAACUUGAAAGUGAGGUUAAAAAGUGCAUAUCAUUGUUCGGGGAAAACAGUGACAAUCUAUCUUUAGCUUUUCAAGUUGAAAGUAUUCUUGCCGAAAAGAAAAAGCUAAAAAAAGAAAUAAAAAAGCUUUCUCAAGAAAACGAGCUUAUGGUGUCGGAAAAUUAUGAUUUGUCUUCUGCUCAGCAAAAAUUAAAACAAACAAACUCAUACAAAGAUGUAGAACUUGAGGUUAAAGACCGUCAAAUAAAAAAUUUACAAUCGGAAAAACAUGAACUUAGAAAGGAGAUAGAACGAUUACAAAGACUUCACCUUCAGCAUUUGGAAAAAGAAAAGACAUUAUUAAACCUCCAACAAAUGGUACAUGCUCUAAAAGAGCAAAACAACGACCUUGCUGAUGCAAGUGUUAAAAUGCAGGAUGAUCUGAAACGAAAUUCACCUCGUAGAUCACAAAGUAUUCCUAAAAAUUCCAGACCUACUCUUGCAAAGUAUAGAUCUCCUAACAGAAAGAAAACAUAUCGAAACUGAAAAUAAUUGAUUUGCAAACAAAUAACUUGUUUAGACUAAUUCUAAGAUGGAGUUUGAACUGAAAUUGUUAAAUACAAAAGAAUUUUCUAUAUGAGAUUCUGUUUCUAGAAAGAGACUACAAUGUCAUUUUGUCCUUCAUGCCAGAAUAAUUGUGAAAUACAACCAUGGCUAUGCCCUCAAAAUGCUCUGAAUACAUAAAAUCUUUAAAUACAGUUGUGUAUACUUUUGAAAAUAUUACCCAGAAUGCAUUUGACUUUUAAAAAAGCAAAUUUGUGGGGAUUUAUACAAAGUAUCUUUUUGAAUAUUUUUUUUUAAAAAUAUUGCAAUGACGAUUGACAAAUUGUUCAUGUACAAAAAUCUCUACUGUCCAACUACGUCAUUCAAAAAGAAACUGUUGAAAAUAAAGCUAUGCUGUAACAGAAAUAAGAUGAUUUGUCAUCUAAUUAAUUUUCAUCAUGAUCUUAACAAUUUCAAUGGUGCAAUUUGGAAAUGUAACAUGUUUUUCAGUACUGAAUGCCUAUAGCCAUCACCUAAAAACCCUGGUCAAUCCUUCACAACCCAAUAAAAUCAUUUUAAAAAGUUAAAUACCUCACAAAAAGUAAUUUUAUAUCCAAUCAGAAUCAAUUCUUACCCUGUGAUAUAUAAACAAAGAGUGAUACAAUGUAUAUAAACCAUAAAGAGUUCAGCAGAUAUGUGACCUCUUAUACCUCAGGAAAGAGCAAUAAAAUUCAUAGACACUAACAUACCGAGGACAAAUGUUGUUUGCUAAUGCACUACACAUGAUACAUAAGCUUUGGAACUUAGACAUAAUCUGUGUCCAUUUUUGGAACUUUAAUACCCUAUUCAGUAUUCACACCACAAAAACUCUUCAUUUGUGUACUAUAUAGCUCCUGUUUUAUAAUCCAAAUAAAAGAAGGAAAAAAGACUACAAGAAAUGAUGGAGUAUUCUGUCCAGUGCAAAUAGAACUACAUAUCAAUAUGCAAUAACCUGUGUUCUGCCUUCCCAUCAUACCAAACAUAACGAUAACUUCUCCAAAUAUGCCUCAAACAUAAAGACAAUAUUAAUCUCCCAUCAUGCCUCAAACAUAAUAACAAUUCUAAAAUGACAAUCUAUAUAUCGUCAACCACUAUAAUGACAGUAUAUCUACUAAUAGUGCAAUCACAUUGAUUCACAAACUUAUAAAUAAUAAGUUAGCUAGGCUGUUCUGCGUUACGUCAACCUUAUUUAUACAACCUGGUAAACUCAAUUUGCAACAGUAAAACCCACAUUUUAGGUUUGCCAAGCUUCAAAUACAAAUUUACAAUACGGUUAUCUCUAUUCUAAAGCAAAAUAAACAAAUCUGUCCAUUUCAGUUAUUAUUUCGGUGUAAAAUUUCAUAAAACAGAAAUUCUGCGUCUUUGGCAACUAAACAAGGUGACGUCAUAUGUAUGCUUUUGGCAUCAAAUGUAAAACACCAGGCUUUUCAGGCUUCUGAAGUGUAAGAAUGUUAUGAAAUUAGAUAAAAAGAACAUUUUUAGGUGAAAAAUGUGAGUUUUUUUAAUUAUUAUUGAAUAAUAUAAUAUUAUUAUAUGGGGUGUAAAACAGAACAGCCAAAACAGUAUAAGGCUGUCAUGGUUGACAAAAUUACUGUAUUUGUCCUAUUAGAAGAGAAAUAAUUCAUGGCAGCCGUAGAUUUGUUUUCAUUGAACCAUGGGUUUGGGCAUUUAUAUUUGUCUUUUACCCCUCGUUAUCACUGGGGAUAAAAUAAUCCAACAUAAAUAUAUAAAUAUAAAUACCAACCAAAUCUACGGCUGCCAUGAAUUAUUUCUUAAUUUUAAUCUUCCAGCAUGCCUCACUAAAACCACCCAGACAAAAUCUCCCAUUAUGACCAGAACAUAAAGACAAAAAUCUUCAAUCCUUCCUCAAACAUUAACAAAAUCUCCCAUAAUGCAUCAGAUUAAUAAAACAAUCAAGGUAAAAAUCAAUUGUUAUUUAUUUGAAGUUGUUAUUUAUUAUAGCAUUGUUGUAUGUAUUGCUUUUAAACUAUAAAUCUGUUUUGAAAAAAUGA